GAGAAAGAAGAAGGAGAAGAGUUGAAUCAGAGAAGAAGAAGAGUUGAAUCAUAACACUCACUGUCAUCGUCCCUCUUCGUUCGCACGUCGGAAUCAUCAAAGAAUCUUGAUAGAUCCAUCUCAACUAAAGACACUUCCCUUUACCAAACUAUUGGUAUCUGUCUCAAUAAUCUUAGCUUUGGUAUCCCAAUAAUCACCUUCCUAAUCUCGUUUCCCACAUCUGAUAUACAUAGAUGCCGGGAAAUUCAGCUUCCCCCGGUCUCCGGGGACUCUCAGGAGGAAGUUGCAGACAUUCACUACUUACUAUAGUAUGGACCGUUGUCGGAUUCUUCCUUGUUGUUCAUCUUAUCUCACUCUACACAAGAAAAGAUAAUAACAUUAAUGAUCAACAACAAGAAGCUCCUUCUCAUCACUUACAACUACUACACUCUCCUCAUCCUUCUCUUCACCAACUUAUUAGAGUUGAAGAAGAGGUCUUGAGAAUGCCGCCACCUAGGAAGCGUUCUCCUCGUACAGGUAAACGGAGAUCAAGAAAACCAAUCCCUCUCGUUGAAGAGUUUCUUGACGAAAAGUCACCAAUCCGGCAUCUCUUCUUUCCCGACAUCAAAACCGCAUCCUUUGGUCCAACCAAGGACAUGGGGAAUGAUACGUUUCAUUACUUUCCCGGGAAAAUUUGGUUGGACACAGAAGGUAACCCAAUUCAAGCUCAUGGCGGAGGGAUUCUGCACGAUGAGAAAUCUAAGACUUACUAUUGGUAUGGUGAAUAUAAAGAUGGACCAACUUACCAUGCUCACAAAAAAGGACCAGCUAGAGUUGACAUCAUAGGGGUAGGUUGUUACUCUUCAAAAGACUUAUGGACAUGGAAAAAUGAAGGCAUUGUACUCCGAGCUGAAGAAACAAACAAGACCCAUGAUCUACAUAAAUCUAACGUUCUAGAGCGUCCCAAAGUGAUCUACAAUGAUAAGACAGGAAAGUAUGUGAUGUGGAUGCAUAUCGACGACGCAAACUACACCAAAGCUUCAGUUGGUGUAGCCAUCAGCGACAACCCAACAGGUCCGUUUGAGUAUCUAUACAGCAAACGUCCACACGGGUUCGAUAGCCGAGACAUGACUGUUUUCAAAGACGAUGAUGGUGUUGCUUACCUUUUUUACUCUUCUGAAGUCAAUAGUGUGCUUCAUAUCGGCCCCUUAACUGAAGACUACUUAGAUGUGACGCCGGUUGUGAAGAGAGUAAUGGUUGGACAACACAGGGAAGCUCCAGCUAUCUUCAAGCAUGAGAAUACUUAUUACAUGGUAACUUCUUGGUGUACUGGCUGGGCACCUAAUGAGGCCUUGGCUCAUGCCUCUGAGUCAGUGAUGGGUCCAUGGGAGAAGUUGGGGAAUCCCUGCAUUGGUGGUAAUAAAGUUUACCGGUUAACAACGUUCUUUGCGCAGAGCACUUAUGUGAUUCCUUUACCUGGUGUUCCUGGUGGGUUUAUCUUCAUGGCGGAUAGGUGGAAUCCUGCUGAUUUGAGGGAUUCAAGAUAUGUUUGGUUACCGUUAGUUAUAGGAGGACCUGCUGAUCAGCCUUUGGAGUCCAGUUUUGGGUUCCCAAUGUGGUCGAGAGUUUCUAUAUACUGGCAUAGUAAAUGGCGUCUACCUUAG